AUAGAAUCAAAGGCUCAGAAUCGCAGGAUAACCGUCUCCUGUGUGCAGCUUCUUCAAACCCUGCAAAGGAUCUUGCGGAUGUGGAAGUUCAUAGAUGUUUAUACCAUUACGCCGUUCGUCUGAAAAACCAGGACGGGGAAAUUUUCCUGCGUGACAUUUCUGAAAUGACACUUCAAAAGAGUCAGACCAACGUUACAUCAGCAACAUUCUUUUAUCAGGAUCAUCUUCCCAUCAUAGGAGAAGAUGAAUUAGAACAUAUAGUGGCAAAUAUAGAGACAGAAGCCUUUCACCAGAAAAUUCAGGUUCAAAUUCGGAAAAAUGGAAGCUCUGUGGAAAAUAUAGAGACAGAAGCCAAACAUCAGAAAAUUCAGGUUCAAAUUUGGAAAAAUGGAAACUCUGUGAAGAAAGAAACAACAUUCAGGCCAUCCCUGCAUUAUAUUUUGGAGGAUAUUAAUUUGCGACACAGAUUUGAAGAAUUAACCAGCUGUCCGUGUCAUUUUGUCCACGACAAGAUUCUCAUCGGUAAAAAACUGGAUGUUGAAAACGAAGCAUGUGGUGUUCACGAAUCAACAACUGCAGGAGUAAUCAAGAGUUUAAUAGAGGAGGGAAUUGUAGUUUUUAAACAGAUAGAAAAACAGUGUAAAGAAGAUGAUUUAUUAGUUAAAUACUUCCUUGGAUUGGCAGAGCAUAUCAUGGGAGAAGAAAUGAUGCCAGUUAUCAUUACAACAAAACCACCAACUGAAAAGUUGGUGAAAGAGGCAGAACAACUGACAAUCCCAGUUAUAUACCUCAGGACACCCACCUCUGUUUGUGUGUCAUGGUAUGGACUAAAUUGUAAAACCAACUCAAAAGGAGGUAUAAGAGACUCACAAGAAAACAAGAUAAUUUAUCAGGUUGAUUUUCAACAGCCUUGGAUGAUAAAAAGACUAGAAUCUAAGGCAGAAUGUUUGAAUUCUUCUGAUGAGAGUGAAAAUAUUUUCGUCACCACAGAAGACUUAAAAGAUUUUGAUAUUCAAAUUUCAUCAAUUCUUACUGGAGUUAUUUUUCACAUUAUGAAAGACAGAGCAGUCAAUUUGUCUCCAGAGGAUGACCUAUCUGAUUGUUUGGGAAAGAGAAUACCGUUAUAUAUAAACUCCCUUCCUGUGCAGUUACUAAAAGCUGGACGUUGGAAUUUUCCUGGAUCAUACGUGACGGAAACACUGGAGAAAAUAUUCAAUCAGCAGUCAAUACAAUUUAUCUUUGAAAAGAAUAUGGAAGAAGACUUUAAAUUUGGAUUGUUCGAAGACCUUAGGGAAACAACAGAAUCUACAUAUCAGCCUCCAAAGUAUACUGAGGAAAAGAAGUUGGAAGUAGGCAAAGGCUGCAGUAUAUUGGACCUUGUGUUUUAUGCCCUGCUAAAAACAAAACAUUUAGAUGGAGCCAGACAACUACUGGAAACAGGAUGUGUGGGUAUAAAGCCAAUUUUGAUUGGAUGCAAGAUUUUGAAGGACCUCAGCGAAGAGUGGAAAGUAGGGAUUUCAGAAGAGAAAGAAUUACAUAGAUUAAGAAGGAUGUUUGGUCGACAUGCGCUUAGUAUCAUGAACUAUAUUCAUGAAAGAGAUGAGAGAGACAAACCAGAUGAGCCAACAAGUGUGUCAGACAAAGUGAUGGCGUUUCUUUUUAAGAAAAAAGAUGACGUCAAUAACGCAGGAAGAUUACUUCUUAACCACGGUUACCUGGAUGUUGCAUACAAAACAGAAAAUGAGUGGUUUUUAGAAAAUUCAAAGCUGAAAACGAUUAUAAAGGAGUUAUGGAAUGGAAUGGGGUAUAAGAAAAACAGAGGUCCCUCGGCGAGGAUAACAACAUUCACUCUUUUCGUGCUCCAUAUUUUCCUGAUGCCUCUCCUGCUCGUCAAUCUCGAUAGACCACCUUUAACAUGGUUCUACAAGAAAUAUCAUACCCCAAUACUGAAGUUAUGGAUAAAUAUGGCUGGAGUUUUCUUUUUCCUCGCUGCGUUUGCGUACAUGCUGUUGUUUGAUUACAGUGAAGAAACGGUUUCAAGUUCUGAGUUUGCUGUUCUUUUCUGGGUAGCUUGUAAAUUUGUGGACGAAUUAGAACAGAUCAUUGUUGCCAUUAAAAGAAGGAAGACAGUACCCGACACAGUAAAAAUAUAUUUAGAAGAUUUCUGGAACCGUUUGGAUUGGUUAAUCAUCAUUGCCUGUACGUUGGGUGCCAUCUUGAAAUUGUUUGACAAUGCCAUGAUGGAGGAUGCUGCAAAAUUACUGUAUAUAUCUGCUUACGUUAUGUUAAACAUUCGAAUUCUCAACAUGUUUUGGACAUCAGAGUUUCUUGGAACUCAACUUGUUAUCAUCCAGAAAAUGUUUGGGAACACACUAGCAUUUAUGGCCAUCGUACUUGUGAUCAUGAUGUGCUACAAUGUGGUGGAUUACGCUCUUCUCUUUCCAAAUACUGAGUUUAGCUGGACGGAAGUAGAAAGUAUUGUGAAAAAUGGAUACUGGACUUUAUAUGGAGAAUUUGAUGUCGAUGUUGGUAAAGACUGCACAAACAAUGCUACUAUAUACAAAGCUGGUUUAAAAGACAGGUGCCCUACUUCCCUUGGCAGCACAAUAUCGCCUUAUCUGAGAGGCAUUUACUGCUUGAUAGCUGUUGUAAUGUUGCUUAACUUACUCAUUGCUAUAUACAGUUACACAGCCGCAAUGGUGCAUGAAAAUUCUCGCAUGCAUUGGUCACAGUUACAGUUUAACUUUCUUGAGGAAUACACCAUCAGAAAUAUCUUCCCAAUCCAUUUCAAGCUUCUUUCAGCGGCUGCGUUUGUUAUCCACCUUGUCAUAUCCCCAUUUUUGAAAUGUGUGACGAACAAAAAAGGGCAACCAGCAUAUAAGAGAGUGCUUCUGUACGAUGAGAGAUAUGACGUCAUUCAAAAAGACACAGAAGAGGCGGAGAAGAACGGGAUCCUUGAAAUGCAAGGGAAAUUAGAGAUUGACACUGAUCACUUUCCCGAGCAACUAGAAACUUUGAAGGACGAAAUGAAAGAAGUAAAAAGGGAAAUGAAGAAUAUGAUUGAGGAACUGAAAAAGGAUAUGAAAAAUCUUCUGAAUUCGAAGGAAACGACACCACUGAGUCCGCAAAGAAGUUCCAAAAUGGAAAGUUUUUUGCAAAGAAAACAGAGUUCAAAAUGACUUUUUAUCUAAACAAAAUGUUUAUGUAUAAGAUAUAAAUACUGAAAAAAAAGUUCUUUCAUUAUCAAGUAUAUAUUUAUGUAUUGAUCUUUCAAAAAUAUGGUUCUAUAUUUUAAAACGGAUAUAAUUGAAUGACCCUUUAUCUUUUAUUUAUUUGAUAUGUGAAUUGAUACAUGUUUACGUUUUUAUGAAGGAUUCAUCUUAGAUUCACUACAAUUCCAUGUAUCCGAUACGGUAUAUACCACUAUUAAAGAUUGGCUUACGAUGUCUGGAUAUCAAUCAAA